CGGGUGCAAAGAUAUCAGAAAAGUUUGAAGCUAGGUGGGUAGGUAGUAGGCAAGUGCAAAGAGAUGCGGGGCGCCUUUGCAGCGCCGGUCGUCUUGCUCGUCGCCGGCCUCUUCGGGGCGGCGACGGCGAAUGUGGGGGACUCGUGCUCGACGGCGGCGGACUGCGGCGCCGGGCAGUGGUGCUUCGACUGCGAGCCGGAGUUCGCCGGCUCCAGCUGCGUCCGCUCCGCCGCCGCCAAUCCCUUCCAACUCGCUAACAACUCGUUGCCAUUCAACAAGUAUGCCUAUCUCACGACGCACAAUUCUUUUGCGAUUGUUGGGGAGCCAUCGCACACGGGAGUUCCACGGAUCACCUUUGACAACCAGGAGGAUACAGUCACUGAUCAACUAAAGAAUGGUGUCCGUGCGCUGAUGCUUGAUACAUACGACUUCAAAGGAGAUGUAUGGCUGUGCCAUUCAAAUGGAGGGAAAUGCAAUGAUUUCACUGCAUUUGAACCUGCACUGGACACAUUCAAGGAAAUCGAAGCCUUCCUUGGAGCCAAUCCAUCUGAAAUCGUCACGUUGAUCCUGGAAGACUACGUGCAUGCACCAAAUGGCCUGACAAAUGUGUUCAAGGCCUCUGGUCUGAUGAAGUACUGGUUCCCCGUGUCGAAAAUGCCACAGAAUGGUAAGGAUUGGCCUCUUGUCAGUGAAAUGGUUGCGGGGAACGAGCGGCUCCUUGUGUUCACCUCCAUCAGGUCAAAGCAGGCCACUGAAGGGAUAGCAUACCAGUGGAACUUUAUGGUUGAGAACAACUACGGAGAUGAUGGUAUGGAUGCUGGGAAAUGCUCAAACCGUGCAGAAUCUGCACCUCUGAACGACAAAACCAAGUCACUAGUCCUGGUGAACUACUUCCCAUCAGUUCCAGUGAAGAUAACUGCAUGCCUGCAGCACUCCAAGAGCCUUACUGACAUGGUGAACACAUGCUAUGGCACAUCUGGGAAUCGAUGGGCUAAUUUCCUCGCAGUUGAUUACUACAAGAGAAGUGAUGGAGGGGGCGCAUUCCAAGCGACAGAUUUGCUCAAUGGCAGGCUCUUGUGUGGAUGCCAGGACAUCAAGGCUUGCUCGGGAGGAUCUGGUGUAGUAUGCUCUUCAUGAGCCCUGUAAAUGUAGGAUUUGAUAUGGAAUGGCACAUACAUAUAGGACAAGAAGGUUAGCUCAUAAAAAAGAUCUUUUAUGGUCGUGGUUUAUUUUAUUUUUUGCGGUCGACUGAUUUCUCCAAGAAAUUCCAGAAACUUGGUGGUGAUGUGAUGAUUUAGAGAUUUAGCCUCAAGACAACACUGUAGGGUGCAGAUUACCAGACUCAAAAGUGAUGGACUGGCCUCUCUUGUGAAUAUUGGAUUCAUUCAUAUAAUAAAUCUUUAUUUAAAGGGGAUACAUGGAAAAGAUGUUAUAUUUUUGCACAUCUGUUGUUGUGAAACAAUAUUUUUUACAUACAAAUUAUACUUGUAGAAUGGAAAUACUACUUUAUAGUAUGGGUGUUGGGUGUUAUCCAAAAAAUAAAAGUAUUCAUAAAUAGUAAGAUUUUUGGGCCACGCCAUGAUAAUA